GUUUCCCGGAAGUGACGUCACUGCCGCCUUCUCAGCGUUUCCGCCGUCUGGCUUUUGCGUGGGGACUCGCCGCUUGAGUUGGUCCGGCCGCGCCCGCGCAGCCCCUCCGCGCCGUCGCCAUGUCGCGGUUUUUCACCACCGGCUCGGACAGCGAGUCCGAGUCGUCCCUGUCCGGGGAGGAGCUCGUGUCCAAGCCCACCGGGGGCAACUACGGCAAACAGCCAUUGUUGCUGAGUGAGGAUGAAGAAGACACCAAGAGAGUUGUCCGAAGUGCCAAGGACAAGAGGUUUGAGGAGCUGACGAACCUCAUCCGGACCAUUCGUAAUGCCAUGAAGAUUCGGGAUGUCACCAAGUGCCUGGAAGAAUUUGAGCUCUUGGGGAAAGCAUACGGGAAAGCGAAGAGCAUUGUGGACAAAGAAGGUGUCCCCAGGUUCUACAUUCGUAUUUUGGCUGACCUGGAGGAUUAUCUUAAUGAGCUAUGGGAAGACAAGGAAGGGAAGAAGAAGAUGAACAAGAACAAUGCCAAGGCCCUGAGCACCCUGCGCCAGAAGAUCCGAAAGUACAACCGAGAUUUUGAGUCUCACAUUACUAAUUACAAGCAGAAUCCCGAACAGUCUGCAGAUGAAGAUGCUGAGAAGAACGAGGAGGAUUCAGAAGGUUCUUCGGAUGAAGAUGAGGAUGAUGAUGGAGUGAGUGCUGCAGCUUUCUUGAAGAAGAAAUCAGAAGCUCCUUCUGGGGAUAGUCGCAAGUUCCUGAAAAAGAUGGAUGAUGAAGAUGAGGACUCAGAAGAUUCAGAAGAUGAUGAAGAUUGGGACACCGGUUCCACAUCUUCCGAUUCAGACUCCGAGGAGGAAGAGGGGAAACAGACUGUGCUGGCUUCAAGAUUCCUUAAAAAAGCUCCUACCACAGAGGAGGACAAGAAGGCGGCUGAAAAGAAACGGGAAGACAAGGCCAAGAAGAAGCACGAUAGGAAAUCCAGACGUCUGGAUGAGGAAGAGGAGGAUAAUGAAGGUGGAGAGUGGGAAAAAGUCCGGGGCGGAGUGCCCCUUGUUAAGGAGAAGCCGAAAAUGUUCGCCAAGGGAACUGAGAUCACUCAUGCUGUUGUCAUCAAGAAACUGAACGAGAUCCUCCAGGCACGAGGCAAGAAGGGAACAGAUAGAGCAGUCCAGAUUGAAUUGCUCCAGCUGCUGGUUCAGAUUGCUGCUGAGAACAACCUGGGGGAAGGCGUCAUCAUCAAGAUCAAGUUCAAUAUUAUCGCUUCGCUCUAUGAUUACAACCCCAACCUGGCUACGUACAUGAAGCCGGAAAUGUGGCAGAAGUGCCUGGACUGCAUCAACGAGCUGAUGGACGUCCUAUUUGCCAACCCUGACAUCUUCGUUGGAGAGAACAUUCUGGAGGAGAGCGAGAACCUGCACAGUCCCGACCAGCCUCUGCGUGUCCGUGGCUGUAUCCUAACUCUAGUGGAACGAAUGGAUGAAGAAUUUACCAAAAUAAUGCAAAAUACUGAUCCUCACUCCCAAGAGUACGUGGAGCGCCUGAAGGACGAGGCGCAGGUGUGCGCCAUCAUUGAGCGCGUGCAGCGCUACCUGGAGGAGAAGGGCACCACCGAGGAGAUCUGCGGCAUCUACCUCAAGCGCAUCCUCCACACCUACUACAAGUUCGACUACAAGGCCCAUCAGCGGCAGCUCACCCCUCCUGAGGGCUCCUCGAAGUCUGAGCAAGACCAGGCAGAAAACGAGGGUGAGGACUCGGCGGUGCUGAUGGAGCGACUGUGCAAGUACAUCUACGCCAAGGACCGCACGGACCGGAUCCGCACAUGCGCCAUCCUCUGCCACAUCUACCACCACGCCCUGCACUCCCGCUGGUACCAGGCCCGCGACCUCAUGCUCAUGAGCCACCUGCAGGACAACAUUCAGCACUCAGACCCUCCGGUGCAGAUCCUGUACAACCGCACCAUGGUGCAGCUGGGCAUCUGCGCCUUCCGCCAAGGCCUGACCAAGGAUGCACACAACGCCUUGCUGGAUAUCCAGUCAAGCGGGCGGGCCAAGGAACUGCUGGGCCAGGGCCUGCUGCUGCGAAGCCUACAGGAGCGCAACCAAGAGCAGGAGAAGGUGGAGCGGCGCCGCCAGGUGCCCUUCCACCUGCACAUCAACCUGGAGCUGCUGGAGUGUGUGUACCUGGUGUCCGCCAUGCUGCUGGAGAUCCCCUACAUGGCAGCCCACGAGAGCGACGCUCGGCGGCGCAUGAUCAGCAAGCAGUUCCAUCACCAGCUGCGAGUGGGCGAGCGACAGCCCUUGCUGGGUCCCCCCGAGUCGAUGAGGGAGCAUGUGGUGGCUGCUUCCAAGGCAAUGAAGAUGGGUGACUGGAAGACCUGCCACAGUUUCAUCAUCAACGAGAAAAUGAACGGCAAAGUGUGGGACCUUUUCCCUGAGGCUGACAAAGUCCGCACCAUGCUGGUUAGGAAGAUCCAGGAGGAGUCACUGCGGACUUACCUGUUCACUUACAGCAGUGUCUAUGACUCUAUCAGCAUGGAGACACUGUCGGACAUGUUUGAGCUGGACCUGCCCACCGUGCACUCCAUCAUCAGCAAGAUGAUCAUCAACGAGGAGCUGAUGGCCUCCCUGGACCAGCCCACCCAGACGGUGGUGAUGCACCGCACGGAGCCCACUGCCCAGCAGAACCUGGCCCUGCAGCUGGCAGAAAAGCUGGGCAUCCUGGUGGAGAACAACGAGCGAGUGUUCGACCACAAGCAGGGCACCUAUGGCGGCUACUUCCGAGACCAGAAGGAUGGCUACCGCAAAAACGAGGGCUAUAUGAGGCGGGGCGGCUACCGCCAGCAGCAGUCCCAGGCCGCCUACUAAGAGGUGCUCCCAGCCCUGCACCCACUGCCCGGCCUCAAGUUCUAAAGCAGCGUGAUUAAAGGUCUACUCAAAACUA